UUGUUAUCGGAUUCGGUUUUUAAAAUGCAUUUUAAAAUAUUUUUUAGAUUGUGAUGUUGUUUACCUAUAAAAUGCUAUAAAAUGGGUUCCAAAAAUAUCUUUUCCAAGCACUUACCCAACAUCAAGCUCGCUACCCGGUUCGACGCUGAUGGGAAUGAAAUUCAGGUCGAGCGCCGCGAAGAUGAAGAACAGAAAUGCAAGGAGCAGGAAAUCAUCGACAUUCUCGUCGGAGCCGGGUACUAUCGAGCCCACAUCCAGGGCCUUUCCAUCUUCGACAAGAUAGUCGGCGGAAUGACCUGGUGCAUCGAGGCUUGCGACUACGAUGUGGAUGUGGACCUGCUGUUCCACGAAAAUCUGACCAUCGGUCAGAAGAUCGCGCUCACGGAGAAGAUCGUCGUUGUUCUGCCGAAGAUGAAAUGCCCCUUCCAGCUGGAACCGCAUCAGAUACAGGGAUUGGAUUUCAUCAACAUCUACCCGGUGGUGGAGUGGUUGGUCAAACGGUCGGCCGAGAAUCGCAGCGAGAAAGCAGAAAAAUUGAAGAAGCUGGCCGCUUCGCAGUUUCAAAACCACUUUACUCUCGAAUCGGACAUGGAAGCCAAACAAGUGCACUCGAAGCAGUUGGCGAAUCUCCGAACGGUGGAGGACCGGUACAUUCCGAAGAGGCAGUUUAGGAGAAAGGAAAAGACCGGACCGGACGAUGUGAUGAGUCGGGUGAGAAUUACGCUGAUGGAGUACGGGACCAGGGACUUCUCGGUGAAGACAAACGUGGACAUUCCGGAGGUUGAUGAUGCGUUGGAAUCGGAGGACGUGUUUCGUGAUGUUCUGCAAAAGACGGAACAGGAGCUUGAUUUUGAUAAUUUGUUCAAAAAUUUAUCAGUUGCAAAAGAGCAAAACGUUUCCGUUGAGUUGACGGACACCGAGAGGAGUGCCCUCAAUCAGCACUACGAAGAUCUCAAGCGAGAGAUGUCAAUCGAUACCAGCCAGCUGUCCGAGCAGAAUAAGAUUAAAACGAUUCUGGCAACGAAAUUGGCACUAGAGAAGAAGCUAGAACGGAUCAAAGCCUCCAAUUGUAAACUAAAGGACGGCCUGAAGCAAGAGCGGACGGAUUUAGAGGAGCUUAAGAAUCUCAAAGGAUCGCUGGAGGCGGAGAUUCACAAUUUGGAUAAUUUGGAGAUUAGCGAAGACAAUGAGAAGAUUCUGACUCACGUUCAGGAGUUGAUAUUAAAAAACGAAAAGAUGAAACAGCACGAGACAGAGUUUAAGGAGAAGUGCAAGAAGGAACUGGCUGAACUGCAGGAGAAGAUUCAGAAAGCCGAAACAUGUACCCCGGAUGAGGAUAUUUUGGAGUAUCAGAAACAGCUGGAAGUGGAGCAGGAACGACUGAAAUCUUUGCGGCUACAGCUGGCCAAGAAAAAUCGUGCCUACGUUUCAAUUAACCGUCAAUUGGAUAACAUUCCGGAUCGUACCGAGCUGGCUCAAUACCAGAGAAGGUUCCUGGAACUUUACAAUCAAGUAAGUGCCACGCAUCGCGAGACGAAGCAGUUCUAUACGCUCUACAACACCCUUGACGAUACUAAACUGUAUUUGGAGAAGGAAAUGUCCCUGCUGAAUUCCAUCUACGAAAACUACGGUAAUGCAAUGCAAUCGUUCAAUUCGCGGGAGCAAUUUGUCGAACAGUUCGAAACCAUAGUCGAAGGCAUUCGAACCAAUAAGUCAAAGGUCAAAAAGAAGUACGACGACGAACGUGCCAAGCGGGAUGGCCUGAAUGCACAGCUACUGUGUCUGGUUGAACAGCAGCGAAAGUAUGCGGCAACCGUUAAACAGCUGACUGCAGAAUGCCAACGAAACGAGGCCCUGCUCAAACGCCAUCAGCAACUUCAAGCCGAAACCGAUCAAAUAGAAUAAUCUAUAUCAACUUAUUCUUAUAUUCAAUAUUGUGCAAAACGUAAAUAAACAAUAUUACUUUUUUAUUCCA